UCUCAUAACCUCAACGAAGCCAUCUCUUUGUACAAAGAAGCACUGCACCUGCGCCCUGUUCCUGUUGGGCACAUAUGUCAUGAUUUUCCAUUGAACAACCUAAAACUCGUCCUCCUCAAUCGUUUCAACCAACGCGGUGAUGUUAACGACAUC